AGUAAUUCCACGAAUAAAACGGGUAGAACAUUGCAAACUUAUAAAAGGCUGAGCUAUUGCGCCGUUUCAUCAUUACCUCUCUGUGCUGGCUUCCGACAACAUCGAUACAUACUUCAAAAACCAGACCUGGGAGUCGAGAUCAUGGGGCUGAACUUUCUGAUAAAGCACUGUUCAAGCGGAAAAUUCUUCCAUCCACAAGGUGGUGAGGGCGAUCCACCCAAUGAAACACCAAUAAUUCUGCACGAAGAUGUCCAUCCACGUAUGCACUGGACCUUCGAGAGAGAUCAUGAUCAAUGGGGAUACAUUAAGCACGUGUCUAGCGGCAAGUACAUCCAUCCUCAAGGAGGAGAAAUACAUUCUGGGGACAACACGAGACUGGUACUUCACGAAGCUCGUCAUUGGGGAGCGCUGUUUGCGCUUGACGGAUAUAAUGAUCGCAUUAUACACAUAAGUGGAAGAUAUGUUCAUCCACACAACUUCAAGCCAAACCCAAAAAACGAAACGGCCGUUGUUUUACAUUCCGGCGAUAGUGUAGAUAUGAAAUUUGAGUUUGUUUCAACGAAAGAUCCUAAGAAAGAAAUACUUGUUUAUGGAAAACUGACAAUGGCAGGUCAAUGGAAAAUCGUACACCUUGUGCUCAAUCCAAAAGCUGAACACUUGGAAAAAAUUGAAUUAACGAUAGGAAAGUCAGCAACUGGGAGCAGAAAAGGGUCUUUCCAAUACAAAUGGGAAAUGUCAACAGACCUUUUACUCAAUGAAGUUAUGUCGACGUCGAUUUCAUCGUCUUUGCAGUAUAUGAUGGAAAAAUCAUCAUCAGCCACGUGGUCUGAGCAGACAACAAAGUCCAGAGAAAUACGAGUAAAACCUGGCGAAACAGUCGUCACAUGGCAGUACGUGUUUGAUGUUGAACAAGGCGACUCAAGAUCCGUUUUUAAGAGCAACCUGCUAGCCGAUACAAACAGCGAGUCAAAAGAACCAGAAGACCUGCAAUAUGCUUUGAAAUAGAUAUACAGGCAGUAAAGCGCCGUUUUUCACUGGAUUUCAUUUAUCACUUUAUUAUGAAUUGUUUUUAGGAUACACACUUGUUUACAGUCCUUCUCGUAAGUUAAACAAAAAAGUGUAAAGUAGAAAAUGAUAUUCAAUGUGGUUCUGUUAUGACAUUUUGGAUAGUAGGAAAGUAAAAAAGUGCACAUCUUUUACCUUUAGCCUGUAGGCGGCAAGUGAUUCUGCCUUUGUGACUAGUGCAGACCAAGAUCAGCCUGCACAUGUCUGCACUUUUCGCUAUUCAGUCAAUAAAU